AUGUCGAAGAAAAGAAUUGGGUCGAGACUGGUAUCGAAAAGGCAUCGCUCUAUUGUGGAUUCUCUACCACACGACGUUGUAGCGCUCAUCCUCGAGAAGCUUCCGGUGAAACCUCUGCUAAGACUCAGAUCUGUAUCUAAGUUAUGGAAAUCAACUAUCGAUUCCCGACCUUUCAAGGAAAGACAACUGAUCAACCGUAGGCAAUCACAGGGUCCCGAUGUCCUUAUGGUUCGUCUCAAUUAUCACCGUGAUGAUGGUCGGAAUCCAGAUUCUCGCAAAAUUGUGUUGGGAUCAUCAACUCAAGUUUGUACAGCCACGUUUCCUGUUUCGGGCAGCAUGUUCUGUUACGGUAGUUGCGACGGUCUAGUCUGCGUCUACUGUAUCUACACACCGAGUGUCGUGGUGAAUCCCUUAACUAGAUGGCAUCGGACUUUUCAUCUUUCCUACUGCCAACAUCUCCUCAUCCAAAAGUAUAAAAGAAAAGAGUUUGACUUGCCGAGUCUUAAGCUUGGAUUCGGUAAAGACACGGUGAAAGGCACGUUCAAGCCGGUUUGGUUAUAUAAUUCAUCCGAAUUUGGCCUCAACAAUGUCACCACUUGUGAAGUUUUCGAUUUUUGCUCCAAUGCUUGGAGGUUCGUUGUCCCUGCUUCUCCUUAUCGGAUAAACGCUCAUCACAAACCCGUGUAUUUAGAUGGUUCACUUUAUUGGUUCACCGAAUGUGAAGAACCCAUGGUGUUAUCUUUCAAUCUUCACACCGAAACGUUUCAAGUCGUUUGUAAAGCUCCUUUUGCAUAUCGAUGCGACCCUCUUCAGCUCACCAUGUGCGUACUUAACAACCGCUUGUGCGUAUCUGAGAAAAAAUGGCCGACACAAGUUAUAUGGUCGUUUGAUUCUUCAGGCAGCGGCAACAAGACAUGGAAGAAACUGUGUUCGAUAGAUCUCACCUUAACGGUUUCUUACUUUAAGGAACCCGCCUUGGCUCUGUCGCCGAUAGCUAUUCUGGAGAAGAAAAGGUUACUCCUUCAAGGUCCCGAUUGGGUGGACCCACUGGUGACAUAUAAUCUCCAUAGCAAAUGCUAUAAAUUACUCUACAAACCAAUCAAACCUAGAGCUCCUGUUUCUUAUUUCCAAAGAUUUCAUUUGGGUGUUGUGAUAUCGGAUUCAGAUCCCCAGAUCGGAAAUUCAAUCGAAGGAAUCAAAAUGAUCCUCGGGAGAGGAUUGGUUGAAUCUGGAAGGUUGGGCAAUCCUGGUGGAUCUUUGCUGUAA